AUGGCACACCUAAAUACUGCUACUGUUUUAAAAUCUAUGCCAUCAUUUUGCAAGUUUUUUGCAAGUAUUUGCGCCUCUUCAAAAAGAAACUCAGUAUUUGAGAAAGUUCAAAAAGAGUUAAAUGUGUCAAAUAGUACUCUUAAAUCACUCAGUGAUACGAGAUGGAGUUGUCGAAUUGAAUCUAUUCGUUCUGUUUUAACAAAUUUUAAUUCCAUUAUUUCUACCUUAGAAAAUAUAAACGAAACAGACUCCAUUCAUGGAUCUGAUGCAAUUCUUCAACUAACUAAUAGUUUGUCAAUACAUUUUCAAAAAAAAAAUGCUAAUUACUCAAGUGUUGGAAUUUUAACAAAUGCUACUUUAUUGGAACUAGAAUCACUUCGAAAUGAUGAUAGUUAUAAACUUUUUUGGACUAAAACUGAACAGUUUGCUACUAAAGAGGAUAUUAGAUUGCCAGAUAUUCCUAGAAAAAGAAAAAUUCCCUCUAGAUUUGGAGGUGGUGAAGCUACAACAAUAAACAAUAUAUCAUCUUAUUUCAAAGUCAGUAUUUAUUUUCCCGUUUUAGAUAUUAUAAUCAAUGACAUAAAAACCAAAUUUGAGGAAAACAAUAUCACAAUACUUAAUGCUCUUCAAUGUUGUUUGAGCAACAAAAACUGCUCUGAUGAAAAUAUCUUGGAAGUUUGUAACACAUAUGAUAUUAUAAUAGAUGAUUUUAAGGCAGAGUUAAAGUUAUUUAGUAAAAUGUGUUUAUCAAGUGACAUUCCUGAAAAUUUUGAAAAUCGUCUGAAUUUUUUCUUGUCCAAGGACUUAAUAGGCUCGUUUGAAAAUAUGUAUAAGAUUUUUAAAAUAUAUUUAUCGAUUCCCAUGAGUUCUGCUUCUAGUGAGCGUUCUUUUUCAUCUUUACGUCGUCUCAAGACAUUUACUAGAAAUACUAUAGGUCAAGAAAGACUAUCUAACAUAGCUAUUUUAAAUAUAGAAAAUAUGUAUCCAAUGAAUUUUGACAAAAUUAUUGAUCAGUUUAGCGCAGAAUCAACCCAAAGAGGUAGAAGACUACAAUUAAUAUAA